UGGGUCUGCAGCCUGUUGUGUUGAGCACGUGCAAAUCGUGUGAAUCGAAAGGAGGGAGUUGCGAAACCUGCUGGCCACAUGUAGAACAUGUCACAGUUAUUAACGUGCCUGCUGUUCAACGCAGUCUUUGUGCGCAGUUGAAUGUUAAGUCAUCUUUAUGCACAGAAUUGGAUACAACGCCGUCAACAUUCACAGAACUUGCAUACAGCGCACAAUUCUGCACGUUACGGACAUAGUGCUUAUGAAAAGCUUAGUAACCGCGCUUUGUGGGCAUCUCGUAUAAGUGUUGAAUGUGCUAUAGUUGAAUGAAGUUUGAUAAAGUUCUGUAUUAGAGCUUAUUAGAAGCCUUUGUGAAGUGAAUAUUACGGUCUUCUGGGAUGUGGCGCUGUGUAAUCUGGUAGUUGUUUGUCUUCAUCUUCGCAACAGAAGAGUUAAUGAAUAUUCCUUCGGGCCGCUUCAGUUAAGUAGUUUCGGAAGACCUAAAUAAUGUAAGGAGUUCGCUGCAGUAUGCUGUAGAUAACUACAGGUGACAUAGCAGACAGUGACAGUGUGACACAAUGAGACGGUGCGGUUCGCAGUUGGUUCUGCUGCUUCUGGUGACCGUGACUUCAUCCCUUGAGGGGCCCAAUAUCUGCACUCGGCAGGAGACGUACACGACCACUGUCCGAGUCUCAGAGCAGAAGCCUUAUCAGGUGCGCGACUAUACCUGGUGUUUCAACUUCCCACCACGAUGCUCAAAGUACAAAAUCAAUUUCAAGACUGUGUACAAAACAGUGUCUCUAGCAAAGACACGACCUGUAGAAGACUGCUGCAAAGGCUACGCCAAGAGCAAUGCUGCAGAUCGCUGUAUUCCUGUGUGUUCUGAAAAUUGCUUGCAUGGAACCUGCAUCGCGCCUGACACAUGCAAAUGUGAAACAGGAUAUGGUGGCCCUACUUGCAGCAUUUCAUGCCCUCAUGAUCGCUGGGGCCCAGACUGUGGCAGUAAAUGUCAGUGUCAGAAUGGAGCAUCCUGUGACCCAUACAGCGGGGAGUGUAGGUGUACUAGGGGCUGGCGAGGGCAGUUCUGUAGUGAGACGUGCCCACCCACCCAAUAUGGGCAGGACUGUGCUGAACAGUGUCGGUGCAAGAAUGGCGGCUCCUGCCACCACAUAUCAGGGGAGUGUCACUGCACACCAGGCUGGACAGGACCUUUGUGUGAGGAUCGAUGUCCUGAGGGAAAGCACGGGGAAGAGUGCUUGUCAGAGUGUCGCUGUCAGAAUGGAGGAACCUGCAAUCCCACCUCGGGCAAGUGCUACUGUACUCUAGGCUGGACUGGUACUGUUUGUGCUAACCGGUGUCCAGCUGGAUCUUGGGGUGAAGGUUGUAACCUGAUAUGUGACUGCUACAAUGGAGCCUCAUGUCAUCACAUCACUGGUCGCUGCGAGUGUCAGCCGGGCUUUCAGGGAGACAGGUGUCUGCAGUCAUGCCCAGAAGGAAAGUUUGGUGCCAACUGUUCCAACAACUGUACCUGCAAGAAUGGAGCAACGUGCGAUCCUGUGAAUGGAACUUGCACUUGCACACAGGGGUGGAAGGGACGUAACUGCUCCACACGGGCUUGUCCUGAUGGACUCUUUGGGCCCACAUGCUCAUCAGUGUGCCAGUGUAUUGUUGAUAAUACAGAUAUGUGUCAUCCCUGGACAGGAGAGUGUGAGUGCAAGCCUGGCUGGGAUGGGAAGAUAUGCUCACGUCCCUGCCCAUUCUACACAUAUGGAAAGGGUUGCCGUGACCACUGCAGUUGUAAGAAUGAUGCCCAAUGUUCACCAGUCAAUGGAACGUGCAUCUGUGCAGCAGGUUACAGGGGCACAGACUGCAGUGAGUUGUGUCCGAGUGGCACAUUUGGUGAAGACUGUGCUCAAAGGUGUAACUGUAAGAAUGGUGCCAAGUGCUCCAGUGAGAAUGGGCGUUGUAAUUGCACAUCAGGUUGGGAAGGUCAGCAGUGCGACCGACCUUGCAAUGAGAAAUUCUACGGCCGGGAUUGCAACUCACCAUGCAGGUGUCUCAACAACGCAGCGUGCAACCCCCAGAAUGGGACAUGCACAUGUGCACCAGGCUACAUGGGUGAGUUGUGUGAGCGGAAGUGUGAGUCUGGAUGGUUUGGACUGGAGUGCAGCCUCGUGUGCAACUGUCAUGAUGACAACAGCAUUGGCUGUGACCCUGUGACUGGUGCAUGUCUGUGUAAGCCAGACUGGGGUGGGGUCCAGUGUGAGACACGCUGUCCACCGGGACACUAUGGGAAGGACUGCAGCAGUGUAUGUGAAUGUCAAAAUAACAGCUCAUGUGAUCCAGUGACUGGACAGUGUGCCUGUGCACGUGGCUGGGAGGGAGAAGACUGUAGCAGCCCUUGUAAACAGGGAUACUAUGGACUUGGCUGCAAGGAGAAGUGUCCUGACAUGAUAUACGGGAACUGGACAUGUGACCAUGUUACUGGUGAAUAUGUGUGUCGGGCAGGCUAUAUUGGACUCACUUGUGAACAUCCGUGUCCUGUUGGAACAUACGGACUAAACUGUUUGGAGAAGUGCACAUGCAAGAAUGGUGCUGACUGCCACCAUGUGACAGGCGCAUGUCAAUGUCUGCCUGGUUGGACAGGGAAGAACUGCUCCAUUGCCUGCCCUGUUGGAACGUAUGGUAUGAACUGCAGUCAGCAUUGUAAGUGUCUGAAUGGUGGCAAGUGUCGCCGCAAUGAUGGUCUCUGCCGCUGUCCACCAGGAUGGAUUGGUGCACAGUGUACUGAAAUUUGCCCUGAGGGUUACUAUGGCGACCACUGCAUGAUGCCGUGUGAAUGCCCCAAUGAGAACUUCUUGUGUCAUGCGAAGGAUGGCUGUGUGUGUCGGCAGGGAUUUACAGGCGAACAUUGUGAUACACUACAGUACUCCAAGAAUGUACAGGAAAAGGAAGGACAGAACUAUGGAAGCAUGGUAGCUGGUGUUGUUGUAGCACUGAUCCUUGUGGCUGUCAUAGUGGCCCUGCUGUUCUACUACAGGCGCCGUGUUGCGAACCUCAAGACAGAGAUUGCCCAUGUACAAUACAUAGCUGAUCCUCAGGUUGCACCAGAUCGACACCACUUUGACAAUCCAGUUUACUCGUACCAGACCCCAGGCACCAAGGGAGAUGAUGGAACCAAUCUCCUGUUGAACAAUGUGCAGAAGAUUCGUAAUGAUCUUGGUGCUAGCAAGAAUAACACCAACUUGGAACGGCAGAAACUGGGUGCUGGUUGCAGUGAGGAUGAUGAUGAUAUCAGUAUCAAAGGUGCAUAUGGAUUGACAUAUGACCAUCCCACUUCUGCUAAGAACCGUGAGGCAGAUGCAGGUAACCCAAAUGUGAAUGUUUACCACAGUAUUGAAGAUCUACAAGACGAUCGGAAAGUUGAACAUUUGUAUGAUGAAAUCAAGCAGAAAGAGGGACAGGAUCUGGAAUAUGACCACUUGGACUACAGUCGUCCUGGUACCUCCUGGAAACCGCAUUAUCAGCGAAUGGCCAAUGGAUUUGAGCCUCAUUCAAAAGAUACUACCAGCAAGGAUCGCAUUGAUAGUGCAGACUGAUACUUUUCUUCAUGAGAGUUCCUGCUAGCAGUUGGUACAUCCAGUGAGGUCCAUGCUAAUGUAGAAAACUCAGAGACUGAUGGGCUUACACUAACUGGACCAGUGUGGCAGUAGUGCCAAUCUGUGACAAUAACCUCGAAUGACUGUUAUUUAGUAGUGAUUGAGGCAUGACAUUCCUGUUUGCAUCAUGUGUGUGUCAUAAUGAAAUUAAGCAAAAUGUGCACAUUGCAAUAUAAAAAUCACUCAAUUGAAAAUGUUGUCAUAUAAACGAAAGCACUGUGCACUUAAUAAAUGGAAAUUAUGGGUCUCGAAAUUGAAAAUAAUUCAUGAUUUUUGGUCAUAUAUAAUUUUAGGCUUCUUAUUUUAUACUUCCCAAAAAAUCUUUCCAUGUGUUAUUACAUAUGACUUUGCUGCUGUUUAAAGCACUGUGCUUUGUGGACAGUGGCAUUAUUCUUAAGAAGAUUGUAGGUUUUAGCAGACAAAAAUAAUUUGGUUUCAUCUCUCGAAAUUUAGAGUAAAAUGGCUGAACUUUUCCCCUGUCCCCCGCACUGUGAAAGUAAAGAGCUUACAGCAUUGUGAUGAUCAGUGCAUUUUUUCUGUGAUUUUAUGAAGCUCAAAAUAUUUGAUCAAUUCAAAACUUCAUAAUAAUUGACUAAUCCCUAUUUUGUAUGGUUACAGGAAGUAUGUUUCUGCAUUGUGUUGUCACUUUGAUUAGUGGGAUGAAUGAUAUUCUUGUGCCUUUUGUUUCAGAAGGAAAUAUUUUUUGGCAGAGGUAAUUCAAAUCUAGGAACCUGGGUGUGAUUGUUGCAAAACGUCAUACUUAUUUUAUAGGAUAACUGCUUGCAUUGAUAGAGACAUUCAAAGAAUAAUUAGGAUGAUAUUUACAAAUUUCUCAGUACCUUCUUCAUGUAUUGUCAUGAUUUCUGAAAUGGAUCUGGAAUUUAUUAAAAAAAAACUUUAUUGGCCUUGAAUAUUGUGCUUGGCAAAUGAAAUCUCCUUAUAUCCUUGAAUACACUGCUUACUGCAAAAUUAGAGGCACAUAGCCGUUACUGGAGGCCAUAAACAGUAUUUGUGUGUGUUAGAAAGUUAAUAAGAUCUUAAAUACACUUGAUGUAAUGACCCAAUAUUUAAAAAAUUCAUAGAUAUUGACAGUUAUUAGUAUCAAUAUAACACUGUGAAUGGAGAUCAAAAUUUGCUGUCAUGCAGUCAGCGGUUACUACUGCAGAGGAUUUGAACUUUUCAGCUUCAUAGACGUGAGUGUGUGGAUGAAUGGUGCAUUGCUUUUCAUUGGUGCUCAGUGGAAGUAUUUGAAAUUGGUAAUGCAAUUUGUGUACCUAUAGCAAUAAGUAACAACUGGUAACAAGUGACACGAGAAUGGAACAGUGUAAUGCAGUGAUUCUGUAUUUCAGCAUCCCGUUGCAAUUGUUCAACUUAACGU